CAGUUGAGUUUCUUCUCUUUCUCUCUCUUCCUCGUGCAGCUCUCUACACUCACGAGAUCUUGCUCUUUUCUGUCAAAAAGCAAAAAUAAUAAAUUUUCUGAAAGUGCACUAACUCAUCUUUUUGUAUACGAUACAUAUCUGCUUGUGGGUGUUUAUCUGUUCCGCUUCUGCACAACACCGACCCCUCAACCUUUCCCUUUAUAAUCCCUCCUUGAAUUUUGUGCAACCAAGGUUGCCUUUUCCUUCCCAAUUGGGUUGCUUCUCAUACACACGCCCACACACCAUUUUUUCACUUCCCAUUAUGAUUCUAUAGCCUUUUAAUGUUUUUUUUAUCGAUAAAUGUUAAUUUUACUAAUUUUUGUUUGUAAGAAAUUUAAACCCGUCACAUCUCUCCUUUUCUCUGGCCUCUUAUAUAACCUUGACUUUGUUCCCUUUCGUUUAGCAAACACUAAGUUAUUAUGGAUUCGAAUUCGCGUUACCAUGUUCAGCAGCAACACCAACAACCCAAUUCUGGGUUACUUCGAUUUCGCUCUGCCCCUACCGCGAAUUUCAAACAACAAGGCGAAGUUGCUGCCAAUACUAAUGGGAACGCAUGGGAGGGCUCUGAACCAUUUUUGAGAUUCUUGAAUUCCGGGGACACCCACGAUACGACGUCGUCGCCUACCUUACGAGAAUUCGUGGAUAAUAAGGUUUCUAAUAAUAGUAAACCUGCGAAGGAGUCAUCAGCAUCAUCACCUCUGAGUCGCAUGAAUUCCCAACAGGGGUAUAGCGCUUCUAUGUUACCCUCUCGGAGUACUGUAACUUCAGCUAUGAUGUUGGGUUCUAUGGGAAUCGAUCAAAGUGCGAAAAGCUUUGAUUCCAAUUCUCUCAGGCAAAGUAGCUUCCCUGCUGGCCAUUUCUCUAACAACAUCUCCUUUCAGAACGGGUAUGAUGCUAUGAAAGGUGUUGGAAACUAUAGUGGGGUCAAUGGCAAUGAUGGUGAACUUAGUCUAUCUAUGAACAGAAUGAAGAAUCACAUUAGCUUCUCAUCAAUAAGUCCUUCUUCUUCCUUGGGAAUGCUAUCACCAACCUCCAAAAUGGGCACGGAGGGUAUUAGGGUAACUAGACCUGAGGAUGGGAGACAGGGAAGUUGCAAUGGUGAUGCUCGAUAUUAUGGUCCUGGAUUCCCUUAUGCUUCUUGGAAUGAGCCCUCACACCCCAAAAGACAGCGAAGUAGUAAUGAUGAGUUACUUUUUGAUUCUCAGAAUGGAGAGCCAGGAAAUCAAGUUCAAAGGCUUUCGCAUCAUUUGAGUUUGCCAAGAACGUCGUCGGAGAUGUUUGCUAUGGAUAAUUUGCUUCAGUUCUCAGAUUCUGUUCCUUGUAAAAUCAGAGCAAAGAGAGGCUUUGCUACUCAUCCUCGAAGCAUUGCCGAAAGGGUGAGAAGAACAAGGAUCAGUGAACGAAUAAGAAAAUUGCAAGAGCUUGUUCCAACCAUGGACAAGCAAACUAGCACAGCAGAGAUGUUGGACUUGGCUUUAGACUACAUAAAAGAUCUUCAGAAACAAUUCAAGACUCUGAGCGAUAAACGGGCUAAAUGCAAAUGUAUAAACAUGCAGAAGUCAGAAGCAGAUCGAGUUGCUUGAGUUUCUUUUGUACAGGGCUGCCAGGUUGUUUGAAGAAAUUAAAAAGUGAUGCAGGUAUGACCGAAUAAGCCAUGAGGUACUCCACGCUUGGAUGGAUACUUAAACAGAGAUUCCGGGAAUGGUUAAAGAAUUUGACGUAAAAGAUUGAUUGUUACACUCAAAAUAGCAAAUAGGUUGAAAUCAAGUAAUCAACACGGGCUUCAAUUCAACUUGAAAGAUAAAGACGAAAAACAGAAGUCGUUUUAAAGGGUUUCAUUUUAUGAACAAAAAAUAUCAUUUGAAUUUUGACAUUUAGGGUCUAUUACAUGAAUGAUGUGGGGAGCAAAUGUUAGUCUCAUCUGGCCAACUUGCUUGUAUUGCAACAAAGUCAUGUCGAUUGGAGGGCCCUUAUAUAAUAAUCCCAAACAAAACCGUUCAAUACCAAGUGUAAUUCGCUUCAAUCCGGUCGUGUUCAUAGUAGAUUAUCCAGUUAAAUGUUAAUUUGUUGACAAAUGUAUCAA